AUGUUCGGCGCCGCUCCCCUUCCUCGUAUACGCGCUCUCGCAGCGCCUCUUGGCUCGGACCUCCGCCAGCAACUUUUUGCGGGACCAUCGACAUUCCACCUUCAGAUCCGAACAGCCACAAAACGAGGCGGUGGAUCAUCUAAAAACGGUCGAGAUUCUGCUGGUCGGCGACUGGGCGUCAAGAAGUUCACAGAUCAAUAUGUCCUCCCCGGCCAGAUCAUCGUCCGCCAGCGAGGCACUGGCCUUCACCCCGGCCAAUCCGUCGGACAAGGCAAAGACUUUACCCUCUUCGCCCUUGAGCCGGGAUACGUUAAAUUCUACUCGCACCACCUCCCCUUCCCCCAUACCGAGCGAUCCGCGGUGGACUCCACCGAGGCGGAUCUGGCAAUUCAGCAGGCGGGCAGGGAGCUGGCGUUGGCGCCAGUGAAGAGGCCAAGGGGGCUGAGGCAGUACAUCGGGAUCGUGAAGGAUAGGGAUGAGAAGCUGCCGAGGGAUGUAAAAUCGUCAGGUGGGGAGAGGCGGUUCUGGGGAUGGCCAAAAGAGGCGGAGGGAGAGCUCGGUCUGUGA